AUGACUAAAUUGACAAGGAAAGAAGCGUCUUUUGUUUGGACGUCGGAGUGUGAAGAGAGUUUUCAGAAUUUGAAGCAGAAGUUAACUUCAGCACCUGUUUUAAUCUUACUGGAACCACAUGAACCAUUUGAAGUGUACUGUGAUACCUCCUUGAAGGGUUUGGAUUGCAUUUUGAUGCAACACCGGAAUGUGGUGGCUUAUGCAUCGCGUCAGCUGAGACCACAUGAGGCAAAUUACGGAACUCAUGACUUAGAAUUAGUAGCGAUUGUGUUUGCAUUGAAGAUUUGGAGACAUCACUUGUACGAAGUGAAUGUAGUAGCAGACGCAUUGAGUCGAAAAUCCUUAACAAUAUCUUGGAUGAAAAUCAAGGAAGAGGAGCUAGUGGAAAAGUUUGUGGAUCUUAAGUUGGAUAUUGGUGAAGUUGCCGGAAGAGCUUGCCUAAAUAAGUUACAGAUCUCAAGUGACUUUAAAUCCGAACUCCUAAAGGCUCAUCAAAACGAUGAUGUGUUACCUAAGGUGUUGCCAUCUAUCAAGCAAGGGAAGCAAUGGAGAGUGUCAUGGGAUCAAGAUGGAUUGUGGAGAUUCAAGGGUAGGAUCAUUGUGCCGGAUGUUAGAAAUUUGCGACAAGAUAUAUUGAAAGAAGCGCACAAGAGCGGAUUUUCUAUUCACCCUGGGAGUACUAAGAUGUACCACGAUCUGAAGGCUAUAUUCUGGUGA